CAAUGAUUUUCCAAAACUAUUGAAAACCAACGGCAACCAUUUCUGGAACUUUCCACCAGGAUCUAGAUCCUACACCUGUAGAACUCUAACUUCAAUAACCCGAAUGAUUUAAACACCUUAUUCAUUCGGCACCAUCAUCAUCAACUACCUCAAAAUUCUAAGCACAAUUUCUCUGAGUUGUUUUGUGAGAUAAUAGCACAUAGCAUAACAAGGGAAGGAGUAUUAACAACCGCAAACCUGAAGAGAAAAAGAGCAGCAGAAGAAGAAACACCAACGAUGGGUGUGGAUUACUACAAGAUCUUGCAGGUUGAUAGGAGCGCCAAAGACGAUGACUUGAAGAAGGCUUAUAGGAAACUUGCUAUGAAAUGGCACCCUGAUAAGAACCCCAACAACAAGAAAGAAGCUGAAGCUAAGUUUAAGCAAAUUUCCGAAGCAUAUGAGGUACUUAGUGAUCCUCAAAAGAAAGCUAUCUAUGAUCAAUAUGGGGAAGAGGGUCUGAAGGGUCAAGUUCCUCCUCCUGAUGCUGGUGGUGCUGGAACUGGAACUACUUUCUUCUCCACAGGAGAUAUGCCGGGAUCGUUUCGGUUCAAUCCGAGGAAUGCUGAUGAUAUUUUUGCUGAGUUCUUUGGGUUCUCAAGCCCAUUUGGUGGAAUGGGUGGGAGAGGUGGUGGUGGUGGCGGUGGCGGCGGUGGCAUGAGAUCAAGGUUCCCUGGUGGGAUGUUUGGUGAUGAUAUGUUUGCAUCUUUUGGGGAAGGAGGAGGAAUACAUAUGAGUCAAGGUGCACCUCGGAAAGCUGCUCCCAUUGAGAACAAAUUGCCCUGCACUCUUGAGGAGAUAUAUAAAGGGACUACAAAGAAGAUGAAGAUCUCUAGAGAAAUUGCAGAUGCCAGUGGAAAAACCAUGCCAGUAGAGGAAAUCUUGACCAUUAAUGUCAAGCCUGGCUGGAAGAAAGGAACAAAGAUCACAUUCCCCGAGAAGGGAAAUGAACAGCCAAACGUGACACCUGCAGACCUUGUUUUCAUUAUAGAUGAGAAACCGCACAGUGUCUUCGCCCGCGAUGGAAACGACCUUGUUGUAACCCAGAAGAUUUCUCUUGCAGAGGCAUUAACUGGUUACACAGUGCACCUCACUACCCUAGAUGGUAGAAACCUAACCAUACCAAUCAACAAUGUUAUUCAUCCCAAUUAUGAAGAGGUUGUUCCAAGAGAAGGAAUGCCACUUCCAAAAGAUCCAUCAAAGAAGGGGAACUUGAGGAUAAAGUUUAACAUCAAGUUCCCAACUAGGCUCACUGAUGAGCAAAAAGCAGGAAUCAGGAAACUCUUCAACAAUGCCUAAGCUUGAGAUAGUAUAGUAUUUGUCAGAUUUCCCUCUGGGAAUUACUUUUUAAAUUAUGAAGAUGUAAGAUAUACCAUUAAACUUUGGAUGUUUCCAUAUGGAUUGUAAACUUAGCGAAAAAAUUUUGAUUUGAUUCUUUUGUGUUGUUUAUCAGUUAA